UGGUUGCGCCCAUGAUUGGGAUUUUUGGAAAAAUUUUAUCAAUUUUUUCUCUGUUUUCUUCGCAAAAAAGGCAAAAAAGACAUCGAAACUUGCAUACAGUGUAAGAAGGAUAUCUGAAGCGUAAACUUGGAAACUUUCAGGUGAUGAUAAUUCAACAUGACUCUUGAAGUGGACCCGAGAAGUCGGACUCUCAUUUUAGAUGACUUGGUGGAAGCAAGAAAAAUCAAGUCUGAUUCAAUAGAAUACAUCACUGAACCAAUUAGCUAUUGGGACUUCUUUUCACGAUUCCUUGUUCAGAAUAAACCGUGCGUAUUUGGCCCUGCUGUGACCCAAGAUUGGCUGUGUCGAAAGGAAUGGGUGACUGCUGAAGGCAAGCCAGACUUCGAACUGCUGAAGAGGAGUUUUGGAGAAGCCACAGUCCCAGUAGCCAACUGUGAUGAAGAGAAAUACUCGUCCCACAUCAAGUCUGACAUGUUGUUUGGAGACUACGUAGAUUACUGGAAGGAGUACAUCGAGAAAGGCUACCCUCAACACAUGCCCACGCGGUACUGUAAGGAUUGGCACUUAUCAAGGGCAUUCCCAGACUACAAGUUCUACACCACCCCAUCAUAUUUUGAAUCCGACUGGCUGAAUGAGUUCUGGGACACCUCCAAAGAGGGUGCUGAUGAUUACCGAUUUGUUUACAUGGGACCGAAAGGAACGUGGACGCCUUUCCAUGCCGACGUUCUGAGGUCCUACAGCUGGUCGGCUAAUAUUUGCGGCAGGAAGAAGUGGAUAUUUUUUCCACCAGGUGAAGAGAAAUACUUGACUGACCGGUAUGGCCAGCUUGCUUACGACAUCACAGCAUCAAAGGAGCUAGAGGAUACCUGGAGAUUCCCUCAUGCUGCUGAUCUGAAGCAGAGAUUUGAAGUCUUCCAGGAGGCUGGGGAGAUGGUGUUCGUACCGAGUGGCUGGCAUCAUCAGGUCUUCAAUCUGGAUGACACCAUUUCAAUCAACCACAACUGGAUGAACGGCUGUAACAUUGACGUCUGCUGGGAUCACGUCAGAAGCAACUUGGAGAAGGUUAAGGAGGAGAUUGAGGAUUGCCGACCCAUGAUGGACCUCGAGGACGAAGAUGGAGGGGAGUUCUCGGACAAAUGUCAGGUUAUACUCAAGGCAGCAAGCGGUAUUGACUACUGCGAGUUCUUCAAUUUCAUCCACUGUAUCGCUUGUCAUCGCAUGAAAAUUCUGCGGAACUUCAGACUUCGAAAUGAUCCAGAUUCAGCUCAGGGAGAUGUUACGUUGGAGGAGUCAUCUAGUAGUUGCGAUGAACUAAGCUAUUGUGAAGGUUGUUCAGAUUGUGAAGACCAGAUUAAUCCUGGCGAAAAUCUUCAUGACUUUUCUGACUCAGAAUGUGAUUUUUCUGGCAGUGAUAUUUCUGAUGGUGAAAGAGAGACAAUGAAGAUAUUAAUGGAUCUGGAGAGAGAAGAUCUUGCUGCGGAGAAUGACAAAACAAGCUGUGGUAGAUCUGAUAUUGGUGACAAGAAACCGUCUGAAAUUGCUUCAGAAUCUAAAUCAGUCGCCAUUGAAAUUCCCAAAGACAUUGCAGAACAUUCUAUUGUUUCUAUUAACACUACUGAAGUUGCUACUAACAUUUCUACGGUUGUUAAUGAAAAUGACUUGGUUGCUAAGGAAUCUUUUUUGAUUGCCAAGGAACCUGGCAUCAUUGCUAAGGAAAAAAUGUCAAAUGUGGUAGAAGACUCCAUAUCUGUAUGUGAUAUUUCCGAUCCAACAGCUGUGGUUAGUUCAUGUCAAAAAGAAGCUGAUCAUGAUGUCUGUCAACCUUCUGGAACAAAAUGUGAUACAUGUUAUAUCAGCAAUAAAACUAUUGAAGAAUCUCAACGAAACUCAGGGUGCCCUUUUAUUCAAAGUAAAUCUGUCUGUCAAACCUUUGGAUUUUCAUCCGAUGUCAAUGAAGGCAGCUGUAGCCAUUUCAUAUUCGAUAUCAACAGGACUAUUGACGUAAUGGAAGACAUGUUAUUGAAUGAGGACUUCCUUGGUAUGGACGGGUCAUCGCUUGUGGCAGACCCGGAGCAGUUUCUUUGGCACUUGAAACAUUUUGUAAAGCAUUAUUCCUCCAUAAAGUAAAUAGAUUUAUGCGUAUUUAUGACAUCAAGAAUAGAUACAUGUAAAGACUAGUCUUGGUUCAUGGUGAUACAUAUACAUGUACUUAAAAUAGUGUCUUUCAUCAAAUUUCUUCAGAAUUGUUGUUUUUGGUUGUUAAUUCAGAAUUCUUAAUUUUUCUGAUGCUCUUGUUUGAUAACAGUACUGCUAGUAGGUUUAAAAAUGGUUUGAAUGAACAAAUUAGUUAAUUUAUUAAUGAAGUACAGGUAAACUGUUAAGUCACAAAUGUUUUUUAAUCAAUUUGUAAUAUUGACGAAAAUAAGUAUGGUGCUAUUCAUUUUGUACAGUCUGUUCAACAGUGUGAAUAUAUCUGA